AUGGUUUCUUCUGUGGUGAAUAUUGUGGUGGCAUCUUCUAAGUGUCGUGAUAUUCUUAGAGAGAAACAUGCUCAUGUAGUUUUGGAAGCACUAGAAAAUAACGAGCUUUCAAGUGGACAAGGUUUGAAUAAAGAAACUACUCUUAAGCGGGCUAGUGACACGCGAUGGAACUCUCACUAUAAUUGUUUAAUCAGCUUGGCUCACAUGUUCUCAUCAACGAUAGAAGUGCUUGAGAUUGUAAGAAAAGAUGGAACAAGUUCUGAACAAAAAUUUGAAGCAAAGGUUCUAUUGACUUUUAUUCAAUCUUUCAACUUUAUUUUUGGUCUACACUUGAUGAAAAAGGUUUUGGGGAUCACAAACGAUUUAUCGCAGGCAUUGCAAAAGAAGGAUCAAGAUAUUGUGAAUGCAAUGAACUUGGUCAAUAUAUGCAAAGGAAGAUUGCAAAGGAUGCGAGAAAGUGGUUGGGAAUCCUUAUUUGAUGAAGUUUCAUCCUUUUGUGACAAGAAUCGUAUUAAAAUUCCUAGCAUGGAUGAUAUUUUUACGAGUGGAGAGCGACCAAACCGAAAAGCUCAUCCCAUCACAAACGUGCACCAUUAUCGGGUUGAUUUAUUCACCGAUGUCAUAGAUAAACAACUCACUGAGUUAAAUGAUCGAUUUACUGAGAAGAAUACUGAACUACUUCUUUGUGUGGCAUGUUUAAGUCCAAGUAAUUCUUUCUCUGCCUUUGACAAAGAAAAAUUGAUGCGUCUUGCCCAAUUUUAUCCAAGUGAUUUUUCAGAGCACGAUCUUGAGUUACUCAAAGAACAGCUUGAGAAUUAUAUUUGGGAAAUGACCUCUAAUAGUGAGUUUGCAGAUUUGAAAGGAAUUAGUGAUCUUGCACAAAAGAUGGUUGGAACCAAGAAAGAUCAUACUUACCUGUUAGUGUACUUGCUUUUGACACUGGCACUCAUCUUACCGGUUGCAACAGCAAGUGUAGAGCGAGUCUUUUCUGCUAUGAACAUUGUUAAGAACACCUUACGCAAUCGAAUGGGUGAUUUGUGGAUGAAUGAUUGUUUGGUUGCUUAUAUUGAAAAUGAUAUUUUUAAUAGUAUAGAGGACGAGGCUAUCAUGCAACGGUUUCAAAAUAUGAAAACUCGUCGAGGACAAUUAUUUUAA